UUCUAUUAACAAGCAUUCCUAAAUAUUUAAUGGGCCAAGCAAGAAUUGAACACACUACUUCCCGGCGCCUGAGAUAAAGUUGAGAACGUCUGAAUGCGGUUAUCGGACGGACGAUUAGAAAUUCCAGUUAACAGCUGUACGGCCGUAUAAAUAUGAACCGCAACUCUUCUAACGCUACAAUUGGCCAUGGCAGUACGAAAACAACGGUUGCGACAAGGACCCACAUUGGAUGUCGGUUUGGGUCUGGGUAUGGGUCUGUUGCUUCUCCUCUCUGCUGGCCAGGCUAAUGCCUAUAGCAGGGAGGAGCUGUUAACUUGGCUACAGAACAGCAACUUUGGCUACCAAGUGCUACAGCUGGCACAGAACUCCAGCUCCGCCUCGACAACCACAACUGCACCCUCAACUGCCAUCUCUAGCUCCGGCUCAACGAAAGUGGAUUCGAAUGAGGACCUUCAAUGUGCCACUGAAGUGGGACUGCUGCUCCAGGCGGCGGAUUUUCGAGCACUGCCCGCGCUGCGAGUUUUGGAUGCCUGGGGCAAGUUUCCACAUGGCCUGCUCUAUGGCCACUUCAGCGACAUGGGCAACUACGAGUCCUGUUUAAAGCCUGGCGAUGUAGCCAGUAUGGUCCCAUCCCCGACCAAGUACUGUCUGGCCAACAUCCAAUUCGAGAAUAUUUCCCCGGACUCCUUGGGCAAAAUUAGCGUCCAAAUUGGCGCCUGUAUUCCGGCCAAAUGCAGUGCCGCACAGCUAAAUAGCUGGAUAAAUGACUAUCUGCAGCUACUCUUCGAGAAUUCAAUGGAUCCAGAACCAGUGCUCGUCCAGGAGACUAAUUGCGCCCUGGCUGAUAGAGAGCCCAUGUCAGCUCUCGACUGGUUUGCUGUCGGUCUGCUCAUCUUUCUGGCAGUUCUCGUGCUUCUCGCCACCCUGCUUGACUACUUCAAAGGUCCCCAAAAGUUGUUGGGCUCAUUCUCGCUGCGCCAAAACGUGCGUCAACUGCUGCAAACAACGUCGAAUGCAACCCAAUUACCGCAUGUGAUACCCUGCCUUCAUGGCAUACGAUGUCUGACCAUUAUCUGGAUUAUCUAUGGUCACGAUUAUAUGUUCAUGCUGCUGGGGCCCACCCUGAACUCUUUCGAAGUGGUCGCCUGGGCCCAAUCACCCUACUCCAUGGUGCUUCAGAGUGGCUCCAUAUCCGUUGAUACAUUCUUUCUGCUCAGUGGAACGCUGCUCGUAAUGGCCACCUUACGCGAGCUGGAACGUGAAUCGGGUCGCCUCAAUGUGCCACUUAUGUAUCUGCAUCGCAUUAUGCGCUUGACACCCGUCUUGGCUAUUGCCGUGCUCCUCUUCAUGACACUCUUCAACCGCCUGGACAGCGGCCCCCUUUGGCAGCAGUUCACCGGCGCCUCACAGCUAUGCAGUGAUACCUGGUGGGCCACGCUCCUCUAUGUCCAGAAUUAUGCUGCAGCAGGCCGCAUGUGCCUGGGUCACUCGUGGUACUUGGCUGUGGACAUGCAACUGUUUCUCCUGUCGCCGCUGCUCCUGUGGCCCCUCUGGCGCUGGCGUCGACGCGCCGCUGCUGGCAUCGUCGUGCUAAUGGUGUUGCUCUUUGGUUGCCUCUUCAGCAUCAUCAUGCUCAAUAAGCUCGUCGUCUUCAAUCGCAAUGGUAAUCUUGGCGCUGACAGCCCCGAGAUGCGAAUGAUCUAUUAUACGACACACGCCCGUGCCACGCCCUGGCUAAUUGGACUGCUCUUUGGAUAUUUUCUGCAUAACGAGCGGGGCCGUCGGCGUCGUCUGUCUUGGUGGCUGACAUCGCUGUUAUGGCUCCUGAUGGUGCUGCUGCUGGCCACUGCCAUUUGGAGCGUAUAUCCGUAUACGGCAGCGGAUGCUCCGGAUAUAACGCCAUUGGCAGGCGCCUUCUAUAUAUGCUGCAUCCGCAUCGCGUGGCCGUUGGCACUGUGCUGGCUUAUUUGGGUCUGCCACAGUGGGCAGGGGGGCGUUAUCAAUGAGUUUCUUAGUUGGACCUUCUGGCAGCCCAUCUCUAAGAUCUCCUAUUGCCUCUACAUUUGGCAUCUACUUGUCGAGACGCUCAAUGUGGGUCGCAUCAAGACCAGUCAACACUUCUCCAACUAUGAUGUGAUCUUACAUUUCUGGUCGGACUUUGGCAUCACUCUGGGUGUCUCACUGAUCAUGUAUCUGUGCGUGGAGACGCCAAUUGUGCGCCUGGAGAUGCAGCUGUUGGGCUCGCGUAAACGCCCAAAGACAGCGCCUCUUGAGGGAGCCGUGAAUCCAACAGUGACGCCCACUGUAUCUUUGGCGGUUAUUGAGGUGUCUUCGAGUGUGUCUCAGCAGAAUCUAGUCGAGGCAUGAAUGCAAUUAUUAAAUAACUGUAUUGGGUACCUUACCUUACCUUGUGUACCUUAAAAUUAAAAUCUUAAUGUUGAGUUUAUUUAA